AUCAAGGUGGCUUGUUCGUCUUGAUGGUUUCUGCUGGACAACGCGUCCCGUUCACCUCGCAAAAACUUAACCAUUCAGCAAUAGCCUUCGAAUUCAAUCGUUCAAUACCUGCAUUAUUUAGACUUAUAACUCCUCAGUUUAACCCUGAUCUUUGCAAUUGCAACCCUCAGUUCUUUCUUACGAGGGCUUUCAUCUGGCUGGUAAAACGCUUCAGAUGUCAUCACGUAGAAGUUCAUACGAGCCGCAUCCAUCUCCGGAAGCACUCCAUCUCGACGAGGCAUCGGAUUUUCGUUUUGAAUUAGAUGGGUCGCAUAGCCAUGAGGCAUCACAGAAUCCGUUUGAAUCUGCAGACAUAAGUGACGAGAAGGCAGCUUGGGAUGCUUCCAGUCUUGAUCCCUACGUUAUUGAUCCAGCAAGAGAUCACGUCGAGUCCAACGUCCCAUCUUCUUCCCCGGAUUUUAAUCAGCGACCGGGGUCAGCGAGAAGUUCGUUCUAUUCAAUCGGAAAUAACCAACUCGACUCUCACAGAGCUAGUCGACGAUCCUACAUGGAGGAGGACUCAGAGUUUCACACGACGAUGGAAGAUGAACCCGAGGGACACGUCGAUUAUGAUGAUGAUGGCGAUGACUGGGGCGAUUCAAGUACGAAGAAGAGGCCCGGAUCCUGUUGCAACUCAAUUUCAAUCAGGGGAUUAUUGAACAUGGGUGCCGUGACUCUCUUAGCCAUGGGGUUAGUGGUUAUUUUUGGGGUCCUCCCAAUCACGACUUAUCAAGGCUCUCAUCGUCAAGCACAACAACUUGGCGACAGCGGUAGCGCACUCGGCUCAGGAAAUAAUACUACAGACACUCGCCAGAAUACUAUGGUGCAGAGAAGAUUCGAUGACUCAGAUCGUAACUUGGUCAUUCCCGACAAACUUACUGCAGACGGCUCACUUCGAACAGACGUUUACUCAGCUUCGAACGUUGCUCACCAUUGGGGCAAGUGGGAAAUGCCGGUCAACAAGAAAUGGAAGCAUCAACAUCUUUCACACGUGAAACCAGAGAAAGCGACUUCCACAAAUAACAAGCGAUCUGCAAGGAAAAUCAUUGACGUGGAAUUGUAAACUUUCGUUUUUCAUCAAGAGAUUCUCUUCGGAUUUUUUCUUUGCGUCUUGCGGAGCCGUUGUUCCUUCUUUCUCUCAAAUUCUCUUGAAUCUAAUAAAUGCACAAAACAUGUUGUUCCUAUUAUAUGCUAGCAAACUGCCUACUACCCGCCGGCAUCCCACUAAGCGCAGUUAAAGAAUGA